AUGGCGCCGACCGCCAGGGACAAGUAUCAAGAGGAAGUGGAGGAGUGGGUAUCCAAUGGCUGGCUGAUACCUUACAACGAGGAGGAGCAUGGACCUGUGCGAGGAACCGUGCCACUGAUGGCAGUCGUUCAGCCCAACAAAGAAAAAGUGAGGCCUGUGAUGGAUUUUCGCGAACUGAACGAGUACGUGACAACCCACACGGCCGACGCCGAUGUGUGCGCCCACAAGUUGCGUGAGUGGCGGCGGAAGGGGACAAACGUCGCACUCAUCGAUCUGCAGAAGGCAUACCUCCAGAUUCACGUUCACAGAUCGCUGUGGACGUACCAGACGGUCGUCUUUGGAGGGAAACGGUACUGCUUGACCAGACUCGGGUUUGGGCUGAAAUCAGCACCACAGAUCUUGAAAAGGGUGGUCGCCACCGUGCUGAACCACGACGAGAAGAUCCGUGACGCAACAUCGCCAUAUAUGGACGAUAUCUUCGUGGAUGAAAGUGUGGUCAGCGCCGAGCGCGUUGAGGACCACCUGCGUCAAUAUGGGCUCGAAUGCAAGCCCGCAGAACGCGUGAGUGGCAAUGGAGCUCGUGUGCUCGGACUUCGUGUCCGAGAGGAGGGAGAGCGGCUGAGAUGGGAGCGUGACAAUGAGAUGGGACAGAUUCCGCAGCGCCCGACACGCCGAAGUGUAUUUUCGUUGUGCGGGCGGCUGGUAAGUCACCUUCCAGUCUGUGGCUGGCUACGAGUCGCCGCCUCGUUUGUGAAGAGAAGAGCCAAUGCCGUAACGGCGGCAUGGGAUGAUCCGGUCGAAGACCCCCAGGUCUUGGAGAUGAUGAGCGAGAUGGUGAGCCGAGUACGGGAGAGCGACCCGGCUCGCGGCCGAUGGGACGUCUCUGGCGACGCGGCUACUCUCUGGGUGGACGCCAGCUCAGUGGCUCUCGGAGCGGUACUGGAGGUGAACGGUGACGUCAUAGAAGACGCGAGCUGGCUCAGGAAGGACGACUGCGGCCACAUCAAUUUGGCAGAGCUGGAAGCAGUCCUGAAAGGCCUGAACCUGGCGGUAGCGUGGGAUAUGAAGGAUAUCCGUUUGAUGACCGACUCGCAAACCGUAUUCCACUGGCUGUCUGACGCGCUAUCGGGGAAGGCUCGGAUCAAAACGAAAGCGGCCAGUGAGCUUUUGAUCCGCCGACGUCUUCAAACGAUCACUUCCAUCGCUGAGGAGUACGACCUCAGAAUAGACGUCCACUUCGUGCCGUCUGCAGAAAAUAAAGCGGACAGCUUGACCCGAGUGCCUAACAGGUGGCUGAAAAGAAAAGAAGUCGGUGAUCCGGUAUGUGCUGCUGCCGGGGAACUGACGUCAGCAGAGGUGACGCGCAUCCACGAGAUAGUCGGACACCCUGGGAUUCGGCGCACCCUGUACUUCUGCCGCAGAAAGUCGCCAACAGUGUCGCGAAAAAUGGUACAAGGCGUGGUGCGCCGCUGCAUUAAGUGCCAGUCAAUUGACCCUGCACCGGCUACGUGGCCCAGAGGCAAGCUGAGCGUGGAGACUGUGUGGUUCAGAGUGGGCGUGGACGUGACGCACGUGCAAGGAAGUCACUAUCUAAGCAUGAUAGAUUGCGGACCAUCACGCUUCGCGAUCUGGAAGAGGCUGAUUCGUCAGGACGCAAGGAGCAUGAUUCAGCAGCUCGAGCUGGUUUUCCUGGAGCGAGGUGCGCCAAAGGAGCUGCUGAUCGACAACUACCCAGCCUUUCGAGCCUCCGCGUUCUGCGAGUUUGCAGAGAGGUGGGGCAUCAAGAUCAUCUUCAGAUGUGCCCAUUCUCCAAGUGGAAACGGCAUCACCGAGCGGUGCCAUCGAACGGUGAAGACCAUCGUCGCACGCUCAGGCUGCAGCGUCAUGGAGGCUGUCAACCUGUACAACAUCACACCGAAGGAUGAUGUGGAUGCUGGCUCUGCACCGGCGAACAUGGUGUACUCGUACGAGGUUCGAGUGCGUGGAAUUGGUGGAGACGAUGAGCAGAGCCCCGGGCAGGUGAUAUCCUGUCGGUUCAGCAUCGGCGACAGGGUGUGGAUCAAGGAUCCUAGCAGGCGAUGCGAUGUACCGAGCGCCAAGGGCACGGUGACGCAAGUGCUGUCCGCUCAAUCGGUUGAAGUGGACGGCAUUCCGAGACACGUCAGAGAUCUGCGCCACGUCACAGACCAGGGCCCGGAUCGGGCGGCCGCUCCAGCGCCGCACAGCGACCGUGACGACGAGCCGCUGCUGAUCUCAGUACAGCAGCGCAGAAGAGCUCUGGGAGGAGCAGAAGAUGACUCAGAGCCACAGCAUGGACAUGUGCGGGACGCAGACGGUCCAGACGAAACAGAAGUGGAAGAGGACAGUUUCGCGCAAAACGAGGACGCUCAAGCAGAUAGGGACGGAGGACUGACAUUUUUGGCCGUCAUAGAAAUGUCACGAGGGUCUAAAAUAAUGACCAUCAACAGCAAGAUAAAGGCGGGAGACCCGAACGGUCGCGGACUGAAGUCGGCGGCGCCCACGAGGUGGAACUCCGUGAACACCACGCUGGAGUAA